GUGGCAACAACAGCAACAGCAACAGCGUCGUCCCUAUUCAAAGGCCUGACUGACAGCAAUUGGCUUACAAGUACUUAGCCCAUUGAUUGAACCAAUCGCCCACACUAAACUCUUAUAUUUCCUCGUUCUUAUCGUCUGCGCGCAAAUCUGAAUUUCAACGGUUUUUUCACUUUUCAGAUAUGGCUUCUUCAAUGUUUUCUUUAGCUGCUGCUUCUUUAUCUCCUUCUAUGCAUGAUACUCUCAAGGAAAAAGUGAGGCUUGGAAGUGGUAGUAUUGGUACCUGGUUUACCAAGGACAAAGUUCAUUCCUUUAUGAAAACUAAGUCUUCUGGAAGAAUAUCUAUGACUGCUGCGGUUAACGUUUCUCGUUUUGAGGGUAUAACAAUGGCUCCUCCUGAUCCUAUUCUUGGAGUUUCUGAAGCUUUUAGAGCUGACAAUGACGCCAAGAAGCUCAACCUUGGAGUUGGCGCUUACCGAACUGAAGAGCUACAUCCCUAUGUGCUCGAUGUUGUUAAGAAGGCUGAGAAUCUUAUGCUGGAGAGGGGUGAAAAUAAAGAGUACCUCCCAAUCGAAGGGUUGGCUGCAUUCAAUAAGGUGACUGCAGAGUUAUUGUUUGGAGCUGACAACCCAGUGAUAAAUCAACAAAGAGUUGCCACAGUCCAAGGUCUUUCUGGCACCGGUUCUCUUCGAUUGGCUGCAGCUCUCAUUGAGCGAUAUUUUCUGGGGGCAAAAGUUCUAAUAUCCUCUCCAACUUGGGGUAAUCACAAGAAUAUUUUCAAUGAUGCUAGGGUCCCAUGGUCUGAGUACCGAUACUAUGAUCCGAGGACAGUUGGUUUGGAUUUCGAGGGAAUGAUAUCAGAUAUAAAGGCAGCUCCUGAAGGAUCGUUUGUUUUGCUUCAUGGCUGUGCCCAUAACCCAACUGGUAUUGAUCCAACCCCUGAACAGUGGGAAAAGAUUGCUGAUGUCAUUCAAGAGAAGAACCAUAUUCCAUUUUUUGAUGUUGCAUACCAGGGAUUUGCUAGUGGAAGCCUUGAUGCUGAUGCAGCAUCAGUCAGGCUGUUUGCUGCUCGUGGAAUGGAGCUUCUGGUUGCUCAGUCGUACAGCAAAAAUUUAGGGCUAUAUGCAGAAAGGAUUGGAGCACUCAAUGUUGUCUGCUCAUCAGCAGAUGCUGCAGCUAGGGUUAAGAGCCAACUGAAGAGGAUUGCACGACCAAUGUACUCAAAUCCUCCUGUUCAUGGGGCUAGAAUCGUUGCCAAUGUUGUUGGGGAUCAAUCUCUCUUCAAUGAAUGGAAAGAUGAAAUGGAAAUGAUGGCUGGAAGGAUAAAGGGAGUGAGACAGAAACUAUAUGAUAGUCUCUCUGCAAAAGAUAAGAGCGGCAAAGAUUGGUCUUUUAUACUCAAGCAGAUUGGCAUGUUCUCAUAUACAGGCUUGAACAAAACUCAGAGUGAUAAUAUGACCAAUAAGUGGCAUGUCUACAUGACAAAGGAUGGGAGGAUAUCUUUGGCUGGAUUAUCUCUGGCCAAAUGUGAAUACCUUGCAGAUGCUAUUAUUGAUUCAUACCACAAUGUCAGCUGAAUUGAUGAUGGAGCAUAAGAUAUACAUAGUAGAAGCAAAUCAUUGAAAAAUUUUUGGUUGAGUAAAAUGGUUGACUGGGUUAAUAUGAUUUAAAACCUUAAUAAAUUUGAAGGUCACUGUCCGUCAGGAAUCUCUAUAACUGAAGUUUUGUUGGAGACAGGCAACUUUCAUAGUAUUAUUUCUUUUAUUAUUUAGGUAGUUAGUCUGGGGCUUUCCAUGCCUGGUCUUAUUUUCGUGUAUGAGAAGUUCAAACAGUUGAUAGCGUGUUUGCAACUGAGGCACUUUGAGCAAUUGAAAUGGCUCCAAACUUCAUAUUUAUGUUGCUUCAAACA